AUUGUUAUUAUUUCUUUAUUGCACAAACUUUUCAAUUGAAUUAAAAUUAAAAAGAUAAGAUGAACGAUAGUUUAGUGAAAAUUAACAGUUCCUUCGUUUCUGAGCGUAUCAAUAAGAUACGAUUUAUAGAGGAAGAACAACAGCAAUUGGAACCGACAAAUUUCUUAACUGCAUCGUCAGAAAUUAAAAAUAAUGUGAAAUUAUGGAAGUUGGAAAGAAACAAGUAUGCAGAUGAGUUUAUUGAAAAUGAAUUUACACCAAAAGUGAUCUCAAAACUGACUCUUGAUGGCGAAGAAACUACUGGACUCGAAAUAAUAGAUCAUAAUAACUUUGCUGUAUCUUGUGGAAGUAGCGUGUUUUUAAUAUAUAUCAAUCGAGAUGCUAAUAUUAUUCGACAAAAUUUUAAAUUUAGUGAUAUACACUCAUUUAAAACUACUGGAUCUACAUUAUGCACUGGUAUUUCAGUUUCCGGUGAAAACAUUAGUACCAUUGGCGAAGAUGGAAGAAUUAAUAUAUUAUCUGCAAACAGUCAGAAGAUUGUAACUACACUCGAGAAUACAGAUUCCGUUACACAAACAGCAGUUUGUUUCAACUAUAAACAACUAAUAACAGGAAAUCGUAUGGGAAUUUUAAAGACUUUCGAUUUAAGAUGUACUAAAAGAGAUCCAUCGUCAGUAUUUGAAAUAUCUUCACAGGAUCAAAAGAAGUGUUAUGGUGUAACUAGCAUCAUUCAUCAUCCAACACAAAAUCAUAUAAUCUUAUGUGGGUCAGAAGAAGGCUCUAUAACAGUUUAUGAUCUUAGAAAUCCUUCAUUUCCUGCAAGUUACCUCUGUUCACACAACUAUGCUAUUACUGAGCUUAUGUUUCAUCCAACUCAACCAGAUAAAUUAUUUUCUGCCUCGGCUAAUGGUGAAUUAUGGAAGUGGACUCAAAAUAUGAUGCAAAAUAUUACGCAAGACUAUGAUGGAAAUAACCAGGUGGAUUCUAUAAACUCAUGGCUGAAUGGAGAACGAGCCAAAAAUAAAAUAUCAAUUACAACAAUGCUGAGCGGCUUAAGAAAGUCCAUUACAUCCAUUGAUUGCUCAAAGCAAUCGCGAUUAAUCUGUUCAAGUAAUAAUGAAGCCGUCUAUAUAAUUGAUAAUUCAUUUUAAG